UGGCGUUGCCAUUCUUAUCAGUUAUCAAAACCACAAGACAGUGGGAUACAUCGAUCCAGUACCACCACAAAACCAUUAAACCACCCCUGCUUCCUCUUUUGUCUCCUGAUCAGUCCUCUCAUCUAUAAUUCUUUCCAUAUAUCUGACUGUGUCUCUCCCUCUAAAGGAAGCAGCUAGCUUUAAUUUGUGAAGGCUUGAAGAUGGCGAGUGAAGGUACUGCAACCUGCAUAGACAUCCUCUUGGCUAUCAUUCUUCCUCCUCUUGGAGUCUUUCUCAAGUUCGGAUGCAAGGUAGAGUUCUGGAUCUGUUUGCUGCUAACACUUUUUGGGUAUAUCCCUGGGAUCAUCUAUGCUAUCUACGCCAUCACCAAGUGAACAAGCUUAUAAUCAAUAAUGAAUAAAAUUCCUGUGUGCAGAAGAUUUUAUUUGGUUCCUCAUUAACAGCGGCGGCCGUUAGGGUUCGUCAUGGAUUGGUGGUUGGAUGAACUGGAUUCUUGGGAUUGUCGACCUGAGAAUUGAGAUAUUUGCUGCCGCAGGGUCAGGAAUCAGGAUUGUGUCGGUGUCUAGACUCUAGAGAGUUUCCUUUCUGGUCUGUCGUUUCUGUGACGUCUCUAUUGUGUACGCGCGUGUUUUCGUUUUCUCUGUAAUUUUUAGGUGGGCAUUUUAUCUCCUUGUAUUUAUGUCAGAAUAUUUUAUUUGAUGGAAUUUUAGAUUGUUUAACAUGCUUCAGAUUCUUUUUUUU